AUGGCCAAGCGGCGACUCUUCCGUUGGCCAGCCCCCCGGACCACUGGCUUGACGUUCCUCGCUCUGCUGCUGAGCAGUCUCACAUUAUUCCUAUAUGGCGGAGGGUCAUUUCCCAUGACGCCAGCUCAGCGAGGUUCGUCUUUACAGAGUGCGCAGUCAGUCGACAGUACUGACGGCGUCAUCGCAGCGCAAGAAUCGCUUCACGACCAGGUCAUCCGUGAACUCGCCGAAAUCACAUCGGCAUACAGCAAUACAAGUCGAGUCGGGCUCGUGCUAGCAGCUACACAAUCUGAGGAUUUGCAGUGGCUUCUCGAUUAUUGCAGGGAGCGCGGCCCCGAUACGAUCCCUUUCAUCUACAGCACCGACGAGAAACCUGACCCACGCCUCCUCCUUCCACGCACAACCCGCGGCCGCGAAGCAACCGCCUACCUGUCCUUUAUCGUGGAUCACUACGAUAAACUACCGCCGUACUCGCUCUUCAUCCACUCUAACAUUAACCAAUGGCACAACGACCUUUUUGGCCCCUACACCAGCAACGCCCUGCGAAAUCUCCGUCUCGAGGCCGUGGAUGCAAUGGGAUACGUCAAUCUGCGCUGCCAGCAUGACCCUGGGUGUCCGACGAGCGUGCACCCGUGGAGCCCCACGCAGAUCGAUAUCGAAAAGAACGAUAUCCGCGCAUUUUUCCCGGAGGUAUACCAAACGAUCUUCAAUGUUCCUUCUGACCAGGUACCCGAGCAUAUUGGGAAUGUAUGCUGCGGGCAGUUUGCCGUAAGCCGCGAGCGCAUCCUGCAGCGACCAAGGCAUGACUACGAGCGGAUGUUGAAGUGGGCGGCGGAGACAGAGCGCACAGACAGUUUUGGGGUUGGCUGGGUAUACGAGAAGAUCUGGCACAUUAUCUUUGGGAUGGAAGUUAUUUACUGUCCCCGCUACGAGCAAUGCCGCUGCGACGUUUACGGGUGGUGCGGCCCACUGGCAGACACAGGCGAGACACUGCAGGCAGUGCGCGCCCCAGCUCCGGCCUCAUAA